AUGCGUUUUUUGCAUAGGUACGCACAAAGACUUUUUAAUUAUAGAACUUCUGGUGAAAUAAGACAAGAUAAACCUCCUUCGUAUGAAGAAUGCGUUCGAAAUCCACAAAAUGGUUUAUUUUUUGAAUCGCCUCCACCAUAUACAAUUUCUGAUAAUUUUUCUGGGGAGUUUAUAAGAAAUGAAAGAACAAAUACAUCUCCUAAUUCUCAAAAUUUAAAUUUAACUGGUUUAGAUGUUCAUGGCCUGGGAUUAUUACCCAAUCAAGGCCCUUUUCGCCAUUUUAAAGACAAUGAUGAAUAUGAAUGCAACACUCCAUUGCUCUACAGAGCCGUUCUUAAAGCAACUUCUUCAUUAAUUGAUAGAGAACCCGAAUAUGCAAGAUUGAAUGUUAAAUGGGCAUUUGAUUUUGUUUCUUGGCAACCUACGGAAUCUCAAAUUUUGCAAGCUUUCUCCUACAUUCAAUUAGAAGAAAAGGAACGAAUUGCAAAAUUUAUGUUUAAACGUGAUGCUAAAGCAAGUUUGAUUGGACGAUUAUUAAUAAGAAAGUUUAUUAGUGAAAAUUCUCAUCUUAAAUACAAUGAAAUCGUUUUGAAAAGGGAUAAAAAUGGAAAACCAUUUAUCCUAAACCAAGAAUAUAAAAAUAAAUUAAAAUUUAAUGUCUCACAUCAUGGUCGUUUGGUAGUUCUUUUGGGAUGUACAUGUGAUUUCGAAGUCGGAGUAGAUGUUAUGACUACUAAACAUCAUGAAGGAAAAAAUCUAGAAAGGUUUUUUCGUUUAAUGUCUAGAAAUUUUAGCGAAAAUGAAUGGAAAGUUAUUAUGAAUACCGAUUCUUCCGAAGAUGUGAGAAUUUUACUUUUCAACAGGUAUUGGGCAUUAAAAGAAAGUUAUUUGAAAGCUGUGGGAAGUGGUUUAUCUGUUGAUUUAGCCACAGUCGAAUUUCGAUUGAAAUCAAAAUUUUUAGAGAUUAAUAAACCAGUGAUUGACACUGAAUUAUAUGUUAAUGGUUUAAAACAAAUCGAUUGGUUUUUCGAAGAAACUUUACUCGAUACUGAUCAUUUAGUGGCUGUUGCCUAUAAAGCUGAUAAAGUUAUGGACUCAUCAACUUUUGAAUUUUUAAAAUAUGAUGAUAUUGUGCAAAAUGGUGUACCUGUUUUACCUGAGACAGAUUUACAAUUUGUCAAAAAUUUUAUGAUUAAAGAGGAAGAGCCACAUUAA